AGCUGGAAUUGAAUCAUCAACCUUCAGAUCAGUGGGCAAAUACUCUACCAACUGAGCUACUGCCACCCUGAAUCAGUCCACACAGAUUUUUUUAUGUAUUUGAGAGGGUGUUUUUUUUUUUUUUUUUUUUUUUUAAUUAGACUGAGACAUGAUGACAUCUCGAAAUCUUGUUUUUUUUUUUAUUUAACCAGAUAUCAUUAUUGUAUUUACUAUUUGCUUUAUUGAUUUGGUGUUAAAUAGUUAUCUCAUAUUAUCGUUUGUAUCCUAAUAACACAGAUUUUUUUUUGUACCCAUGAUUUUGUGCACAGUGCUGGGGCUUGAAUGCGCAUUAAUUAAAGAUCUUGCGCAGGUUCCUUUGUCUCCGCCCUCGAGUCAUUUGGAGGUGUGGUCUCGACGAGCCUCGCCGCCCAACAUCCGAACUAUGCCCAGCCAUGUUUGUUUUCCAUUUUCCAUAUGAUCCAAAGCCUGUUUCCCAUCCAUGAAAAUAUUAUAAUAAGAUUAUUUUACAGUAGUCAUUUACAGUAGUCUGUCAUUACUUUGCGCUUUGCACUUUUGAGAAACAUCUGACCGAGUAGGCGUACCCUUUUUGGUAACUGGUCAUGCUACUACCGCUCUACGUUCUUUUAACCCUUUGCACAUUAGGUAAGUAAAUUUUACAUAACAGAACAGAUUAAAAGCUUCAUUUGGCAGAUCUUGUACGCCUUAACCUUAUCGUAUAUGUUUAUGGUGAAACUGCUGAAGAAUGAGUAUCUAAUCUACAAUGACGGUAAUUAUACCCACAUAAGAAUUAACAUACUAACCAAAUAUAUGAAAAUUUAAACAUAUAAUGAUAUCGUCUGGACCUUUCUAGUUCCGAGGAUAUUUGUUAUUUUUCAUGGAUGCCGAUUGAGCCUCAACUCAAUUAUUUUCCAUUGAAAUUUCUUGGCGCAACAGUAAAAACGUUCAUCUUUGAGAGAGACCGUGUGCUAUGGCUCAAAAUACAGCUUGCGAGGUUUUCGAUAUCCCUUCAAUAUGACGGUUACAUACACUCCAAAAGUCGGAAAGCCUAAGAUUGUUGUCAAGAAUGGAAAGGCAAUUGAUCCACGCUUCAGGAUUUUUUGGAGUGGAGCAGAAUUGAUAGAUGUAACUGAACAAGACAAUGAAGCAGUUUUAUCCAGUGAAACAAUGCUCAUCUCCUCUGUGGAACUGAGAGUCCAAAAUUGUCGUAAAGCUCGAAGGGCUGAUUAUGGAUCUUCCAUUUUUUGGGUACUGCCAAGUGCUGCUGAAUAUUUAGAGUUUUUAAAAUAUACUGGUUCAGGAAUCCCAAGCUUGGUCAAACCCCAAGUUCUUUGGAAUCGCACAGACCCAUCCGAACUCAGCAGGGGCAGAAUUAGAGGCAAUGAGUAUGAGAUCAAGGACAUCACACAGCAAGACAGCGGAUACUACAGGUUCAGGGGUUCCAAAAAUCAGCUGGUAAAAUGGGAGCAGAUAGUAAUUGAACAUCAUGAAAAAAGCUAUGACUUUGAUGAAGGCCACAUCACAUUGGAAUUUCCUCUAAUGUUUACCCCAAGUCAAGUUAAGUUUACACGCUCCUACAUUUCACAAACUAUAUCUGAGAAUAACAACAGGUUCAGAAUCAUACAAGGAUACUUUGAAAUUAAAGAUGCAACACCUAAAGAUGCUGGCACGUAUGAUUUUCUCGACAAGAGUGGAAACCUAAUGCUGCAUGCAAGUGUACAAAUAAGAGAAGUGGAGAAGGAGUGGGCAAGCUAUGUCAGUCUUGCUGCAUUUUCCUUUGGAGGUAUAUUGUGCUGCUGCUGUGUGAAAAAGUGCUGCUGUAAAGAGAGCUCAAGUAAAACAGAUGAGCCAGAAGACGAGGCCCCAGCAUCGACUGCGUACCAUAAUGAUCCACCUCAUUCCACUCAGACAGCUAGCCCCCUUAUCCCCAGAGAGCAAAGGGUCGUUAUUCCAGAUCUACCUACAUAUAAUGCACAAGGGAGACCCAUGGACCCACCACCGCCCUAUUCAGAGUGUGUUUUGGAGCCUUCAGCCCCUCCAGUCCCAGCAUACUCCAGUCUGCCAGACCCUCCUGUCUCUGAACCCACAGCCAGCCCCCCAGAUCCACCUCAAACAAAUGAUGUUUCUCUGGCUGGUGUGAUCACAUCUCCACUUGAUCAGGUAUCUACAACAGGAGCCACAGAACCCACCAGUUUCUCCUCACAUAACUUUAAUUUCACUUCUGUUGACUCAGAACCAACGUUUGAAUUUAGUGGUACCGCCUUCUCCUCUGCUCCUCCUCUCAGCUCCGAAGGGACUACCUCUGCAGAAUAUAACUCAGACAAGCUCAACUUCUUGUCAUAGAAAUAAAUGCAGAGGUGGAACGUAACAAUGUAAAAGAAGUGAAGUACUGGACUUAAAUAUACAUUUUAGGUAUAUGUAUUUUACUUAAGUGCAUUAAGUACAUUUUACAGUGGAAACUUUUUACUUUUACUUCACUGCAUUUGAGAGCAGAUGUCUGUACUUUCUACUCCACUACAUUUUUUGAACAGGACUGAAAAGUAAUUUUUAUUAUAGUGUGAGAUUGCUUUAAAGGCUGAGAAUGAUUUUUUUCAUAAUAUGAGCAAAAUCUUUAUCAAAAUCAAUGCAUUUGAAGCUUUAUUAGAUCUCAACCUCUAUGCAUAAUACUUUACUUUUAAUUCUUUUAAGUACCGUUAAGUUUUUAAACUAGUACUUUAAUACUUUUACUUAAGUAGAGUAUUUUUUUGCUGCUCCAAUAUCUGUACUUUUACUUAAGCAACAAAACUGAAUACUCCUUUCUUCACUGAAUAAAUGUAAAUGAUAUUCUGGAGAAUUUAAGGGUCUCAAGUAAAGCCAUAUUCAGACUUAUGUAUUGUGUAGAUGUAUUGUGUGCAGUACAUAAAAGGGCAUUCUUUCCCACACAAUCCCCAGGAAUUUUGAAUUUGUUUGACGUGCCUGAUGUAACAGUUUGUUGUGCCUAGAUGUUAGGGGUUUAACAAAAAAGAUCAUGGUAGCAGAGGAACAUCACUGUAUACCUUUGUGGUACAUUUUCUAAAACAACUUCAAUAUUAUUAUGCACAUAUAACAUUAUAACGUCUGGUUUUCCAUCUCAAUUCUGUUACAUGUUGUCUGUUACAUUUAUGAAAGUAACCUACUAUACCGAAGUACUGUAAGGAAAGUUAUUCUACUGUUAUAUUUUGAUAAUUUAUUAAUGAAUGUAAUAAAAAUAUGUUAUGUAAACUAACAUGAAGAAAUAACAAAUAUCAAGCAGUAUUGUCAUAAACUAACCCCUUGCAUCUUUUAUUUUGUCUAAGUAGUCAAACUGUAGCUUCCAGCUGCUGAAAAUAAAUGUUGGAAUCUGAA